UAUGGCUGAUCCUAUUGAAAAUCAUGCAUAUUUACCUAGAAGUUCACCAAUUAGGAAUUCGAAAAUGGAAGAUAAUCUUGACAGUAGAUGGAUUAAUAACAUGAAUGGAGUUGAUAAGCAAAUUUCAAUAAUUGAAUGUAUUGAAGAUUUUCUAAGAGCUGUCAAUGAGAUGGAAACGUGCAUUUUGUACAAGUCACGUUUAAGAGAAAUAGAAGUUGAUCCAAAAAUGGAAGAAUGCUUAAAUGAGGCAUGCUCCCUCGUUAAAUUACCUGUAUCGAAUUUUGAACCCACCACCCUACAGCCAUAUUAUAAAAUGGUAACAGAUUUUAAGGAGAGUAUACAAGGAGAAGUGGCAGAAGUACCAAUCAAGGGAAAUUCAAUUAGUACAUAUCAUUACUUUGAAAAGAAGACAAAAACUAUCAAAGAUAAAUCAUACAAAACUACAACUCUAAUUGAAAAUUGUAGUAGUUGCUUUGAUUUCAUAUCUGGUAAAUUUAAAAUAUUGCUCAAAACAUUUACUGAAUUAGCCCGUUAUAUUCAAAGAGAGUAUGAACAUCAUUUACAAAAUUUACAAAAAGCACUAUGCACUUUUCCUGGCUAA